CUUACCUGAAACCUUGCUCAGGAAUCUGGUUCCGUUAAUGGAUUUUAUCGACGGUAAAACGCUGGGAGAGAUGAUUUUAACAAAGGAGUAACUUUUUUUAUUUCACUGCUCGAGUUUUAAUCAGACAAUAACUGAAGAAGAGGGAAAGUAGAUGUAGCUUACUAUUGUAGAACAAUAGCCUAAUUACAUUUUUGUGGCUUAUCUUUGAGAGGCCGAAUUGCUGCUUCAAUAAGAGUUUCUUUAUUGCCGCGAAACCUCGCAAAAUGUCGCCGAAAUUACAGUUUCCUGCCAUUUUUUGGUGCGUAUCAGGUAUUUUGGCUGCUUACGCCCAAGAAUGCGGCCGACCACCGUUACUGGAGAGCAGGAUUGUGGGAGGAAAGGACGCCUCAAAUGGGGCUUGGCCGUGGCAGGUGGAUAUACAGACAUCCGCUGAUGGUCAUAUCUGUGGUGGCUCCAUCAUCGCAGAGACCUGGAUCCUAUCAGCCGCUCAUUGUUUCCCCAAUCCGUCCGACUUGAGCUCUUACACUGUCUAUGCUGGUCGGUAUCAGCUGAAUGGCGUCAACAGGGACCAGUCAGUGCAUGGUUUGAGUCAGGUGGUUAUUCCUUCCGGUUUCGCAGAUCCUCAGACUGGGAAGGAUUUAGCGUUGGCUCAGCUGUCCAGCCCAGUAACCUGGUCAGAUUACAUCCAACCCAUCUGCUUGCCUGCCUCUGGCAACCUGUUCCCAGAUGGCAUGCUGUGCUCUGUCACCGGCUGGGGGGACAUUCGGGAUGGUGUCCCUCUGUCCGGACUUGGGACUCUGCAGGAAGUGCAGGUGCCAAUCAUCUCUCAGAGUUCAUGUCAGGAGAUGUACCAGACAGACCCCACAGACCAGGUGGACAUCCUGGAUGACAUGAUGUGCGCUGGAUACCAGCGGGGUGGCAAGGACUCCUGCCAGGGUGAUUCAGGAGGGCCCCUUGUCUGUCAGAUAAAUGGGACCUGGGUGCAGGCUGGGGUGGUGAGUUUUGGACUGGGCUGUGCUCAGUCAAACAAGCCAGGUGUGUAUGUCAGACUGACCAGCUACACAAGCUUCAUCCGCAGCACGGUACUGGACAUCCAGCUGUAUGGUCGAGCUAACCAGAACUGGUGUGGGACGGCUGCCAUGUUGGUCAGCUGUCUGUCCACUCUACUGAUCCUGCAUCAGAGAUGAGACACUUUCGAAAACUGGAUUUCUGGGAGGCAAAACUCAAACCAGGUCAAAUGAAGGAUAUUAAUUAUGUCUGAUUUUAAGUCCAAAGUUGUCCUGAAUAGUAAAACUAGAAAAACUGCACCUGACAUGCACAUGAAGCCAUAUUGAAGAUGAUAUGUAAUAUCUUCUACAUUUUUAGAACUUUAAUUCUACAUUAUCUGCGAUUCAAAUUAGUUUUGAGUUUUGGUUUGUAUUCCAUCAGAAUCAUGAGCUAAAUGUUUUCUGUAUCUGAAAUAAAUUAAUUUUUCUUAAAACCA